CGAGACGGUUCGCUACUUGUCGGCAGCAACGAGCAAUGUGGAAAUAGAAGAAGAUAUUAAAGAAUUAAAGCAGAAGCCAAGAGCAGGCAGAGUAAAGUCCCACAAAUAUACAUUUGUGCUGCCAAGUGUUGCGCGGUUGAGAGGCGUUCUGGUGGCCCGUGCCCAAGUGUGAAGUGUGUUCAAACUUAAAUUCUCGUUCUUUAUAUACUGAAACUCUGUGUGAAUUGUGAGACGUGAUUUUCAGGCUUCUCCGCCUUUGCGGUGCUGGACGAAUUCAGCAAAUUAAUUGUAUUACGUUUUCGGUUAUCCUUUCUUCUUACAUUAAGUUGGCAAUGAAAAGAAUGUAUAAAAAGUAAAACAAAUAGAAAUAAAUUAUUACAAUUUGUAGUGAAAUAUAGAGCGCUUCAUCAGGACAAUAAACGCUUGCUAGCUGCGAGUUGACGGCAGCUAUCAGACGCGUUGUCAGACAUGCAGUAAAAAAAUAAGUGAAAUCUCGAUAGCCAGUGAUUGGAAAGUGGUGGCUAAGUGGAAACAAGCGAUAAGUGGUGGAGGCAAAAAGUCUCGGCGAAAUAGCGCCACCACAAAUCUGUGUGAAAAUCGUGAUAGCGUUCAAGCAUAGCAGUCAGUAUUCAGAUAAGACGCAAGCACGUGUGUGUGUGUGCUAGUGCAAUUAUUAAUAUUGCGUGUUUGUAGUGCGCUUCUUCUGGAGAUAAAAAUCCAGACCACGAGGGCGCAUAAAUUUUAAUUAAACGCCCAGGCGCGUCCCUUAACAGCCGCUCAGCUCACGGUUUCCGUCUCCCAAUCAGCGUCAUCAUCAGCAAUAUCCGUUGUGAUAGUGAAAAACAGAACAAGGAUCCGGAGCGUGCCUCUGGGAGAGCAGCGAAAUCACCGUUACCAUAAAUUUCGAAAUGUUUCAUGUGCGGCAAUGUGUUGAAGUGAUGGAAACAAACUAAGAGAAAACAAGUCAUAAGUAUCAAAGAGAUCAUGUUUUAUACCACAGUAAUAACCAAAAUGAUAAAUUAACUUAAUAAAUCAUAAUUUUUAAAUAAAGCUACUAAUACAGCUCGAAUUUGGGACUUUUGUAAGCUAGACAAAAUGUGCAAUUGCCACAGCGAGCCACCACGAGUUCAGCGCCAAGGUGCCGAGCGGCUUUCCAUACUCAGCGAAACGUGUUUUUCUCGGUCGCGCAGCUGCGCUCGUGAAUAACGUACGGCGCAACGUUCUCCCACAUAGAGUCACUACACAGUAACACUAACACGCACAGCGAACAAAUAUAACAAUAACAACGCAGAACAACAAAUGUGUUCUUUGCUCUCAGGAAGUAAGUGAGUUGUCUGCGUUUAAAAGCGACGGGGGAAGUGAGAGGUGCUAACAGGCGAAGCAACAGCUAAACCGCAACGCCCCUAAAAGCCGGCAACACUACAAAGUUUAUUGGCACGAAAAAUCAAAACGGCAGAAAAACCACAAACACCGUUAAGCGAGGUAAAUGCCAAGGAAAAGAGAGUUUAAAAGUGCGGAACCGAAGUGGUGAACAGUCAAAACAGCGGAAAAAGGUUACAAAAAGACGAAAGAGAAGUGGGAAGGACCGUAUACCAGAAGCAAGCCAUUGAGGAAAAACAGACGAAAACACUCCAACCGACGUUUAAGUGCAAUAACGACAGAAGCAGCAACAACAACAAAACCCUAAGAGAGCAACUGCAACAUCAAUAACACAAUCAACAACAACAAUAAUUGCACGUAGUAACAUCAAGUUACAAGUAUUUCUUCCACUGCUACUCACACUUACUACUUCUUAUAAAGUCCAUGGGAAUUCCAAGCAAAGGGUCCAAAAAAAUGUGUAAAAAAUUGCUCUUGAUGUCUGAGGACUUUAAGUGCCGACAGUAGGAGCCCAUAACACCCAAAUAGUACCAAAUGAAAUGGAAUAAAUGGUUUUCUAAAAGCCAACUGCAUUGUCGGAGAGGACAAAGUCAACACUUCUGGGUGGAAGUUCCAGGCCAAACGUCUGUCAAGAAAAACAUUUCAGUCCACAUUCGAAGUCAUCAUCGCUCCAUCACUUCCUAAGCAAUACCAUCUUACUAAAGGUUUUAGGUGAAUAAUAAACGCUGCCGAGAAUCGUCAACCAACAACAUGUUCUAACAGUAAAUAAAAUAAGCAACCUAUAAACAAAAUGUGUGUGCCGAGUCGUAUACGUAACAUAAAUUAAGCGAUUGUUCUGAGUAUUUCGGUUAUAGAAUAGCAAAGUGCCAAUUUAACAACAAUUUUCCAAAACACUACACAGUUCAUAGCUGAGCUUGCAGCUGUUGACGGCGACCAUCACCAUUGUGCAUAAUUACCCACGCAAAAAAAUAAUAUAAACAAUUUAAAAUUUCGUGAAAGUGUGUAAAUUGAAUUUGAAAAUGAAUUUGAUUGUGGCCACAAUGAGUUUCGUGAAAGCAAGUAGCCACCAAACUGCAAACAUCACUCUCACCGCUGUCAGCUGGUUACUGCUGGGGUUUGGAUUGAUCAUUUCAUUGCCAGUUUGCACAGCUGGCCCGCAUGAGAAACGCCUUCUACACGCCCUGCUCGACAACUACAACAGUCUGGAGCGACCCGUCGUCAACGAAUCCGAUCCACUGCAGCUGAGCUUCGGGCUGACGCUAAUGCAAAUCAUUGAUGUGGAUGAGAAGAAUCAAUUGCUCAUAACAAAUAUUUGGCUCAAAUUGGAAUGGAAUGAUAUGAACCUACGCUGGAACUCAAGCGAGUAUGGCGGUGUACGGGAUCUGCGCAUUCCUCCACACAGACUUUGGAAACCAGAUGUGCUCAUGUACAACAGCGCCGAUGAGGGUUUCGACGGCACCUACGCCACCAAUGUUGUGGUCCGAAAUAACGGCUCAUGCCUGUACGUGCCGCCCGGCAUUUUUAAGUCCACCUGUAAAAUCGACAUCACAUGGUUCCCAUUCGACGAUCAGCGCUGUGAAAUGAAAUUCGGCUCUUGGACAUAUGAUGGCUUUCAGCUGGACUUGCAAUUGCAGGAUGAAGCCGGCGGUGACAUCUCAAGUUUCAUAACGAAUGGCGAAUGGGACUUGCUAGGCGUGCCCGGUAAACGAAAUGAAAUCUACUAUAAUUGCUGCCCAGAACCUUAUAUUGACAUAACGUUCGCCAUUUUAAUACGACGGAAAACUUUGUACUAUUUUUUUAACUUAAUUGUGCCGUGCGUACUGAUAGCCUCAAUGGCACUGCUAGGGUUCACACUGCCCCCCGAUUCUGGUGAGAAGCUCUCGCUCGGAGUUACAAUUCUACUAUCGCUAACAGUCUUCCUCAAUAUGGUGGCCGAAACGAUGCCAGCGACCUCAGAUGCAGUGCCGCUCCUAGGAACUUAUUUCAAUUGCAUUAUGUUUAUGGUGGCCUCAUCAGUUGUGUCAACCAUACUUAUCCUCAAUUAUCAUCAUAGAAAUCCAGAUACGCAUGAAAUGAGUGAAUGGAUAAGAGUAAUAUUCCUUUAUUGGUUACCUUGCAUAUUGCGGAUGCAAAGGCCGGGACAGGUCGGCUAUGAGUGCCCACCGCCGCCGUCGUCAUCGAGCUCCUCCAAUGCCGGCGAUAAAAAGCACCAGAUGCAGAAUGUCGAACUGAAAGAAAGAUCAUCGAAAUCAUUACUAGCCAAUGUUCUGGACAUCGACGACGACUUCCGUUGUAACCAUCGCUGCGCCAGCGCCACGUUGCCCCAUCAGCCGACUUACUAUCGCGCCAUGUAUAGGCAAGGCGAUGACGGCAGCGUCGGUCCGGUGGGUCCCGUCGGCCCUGUCGGCCCGGUGGGCGAUGCGCGGAUGCACGAAGCCAUGUCGCACACCUGCCUCAGCUCAUCUGCCGAGUAUGAAUUGGCGCUUAUCCUGAAAGAACUGCGAUGGAUCACAGAUCAGCUGAAGAAAGAGGACGAAACGGGCGACGUAACGCGCGACUGGAAAUUCGCAGCGAUGGUAGUUGAUCGCUUGUGCCUUAUAAUUUUCACGCUGUUUACAAUAAUUGCCACUCUGGCGGUACUCUUCUCUGCGCCACAUUUCAUUUUCCCAUAAUUUGUGUCAAUGUCUAAAGUCAGGCAACUACAAAAACAAUAUUUGGUGCAGGCGAUAACGCAGAAAGCUACGAUUACAAUCAAGAAACUUUUAUUCGUCGUUUUUGUGUUUCAAUAGCAAAUGUCACCAGAGCGAUUUUCAACCUCGAACUAUGGAAGGAAAACAAAAACAAAACAACACAUGUAGCAAAAAAUGCAAAUAACAAAAACAAAAUGUGCCUCAGUCAACGAAAGAAAAAUUGUAAUUUUAUGCCGAAGUUGUAAAAAUUUUAGGUUUUUACGCAGUAAAUGAUAAGAGUAAAACGACAACACCCGUUACAAAUGUUAAUAGACUCUUGAAUUUUCUCCAACUAGUUUUGAUCCGUGAACCAAACACACAACAAUUAUCCCUAUUUCGCCACCAAACACCUAACAGUACGAUUAUAAUAAAGUGUUGGCUUCAUUUACCUCUAAUUCGCUUAACACCACAUCGAUGACUCGUUCUAAAUGGAUUCGGGAUUGAGAAAUUUUAUAAUUAUUCAAUUAUUGCUGCUUCUUGUGGCGCCCGAGAAGGUGCAGAAUUUUACUUGCCCACUUUUAAACAAUCUUUCUACAUAUUUGAUCAAACAUCGACAAAUAUUGGGGCUUUAUAGAGGACUAAAAGCACUUAAAUAUAUAGGCUCGCAUACUCUCAGCCAUGUUACAUCAUAUACUAUAUUAGUUUGCGAAUGAACUAAAUGGGUUGAGCGACAAAGGAGCACUCAGUGCUGAGGUGUUUGGUUCACACUCUGUUUUUUUUUUUCCUCUCUAAUUUCAUAGCUAUUUUUUGGUUGAACUAAGUUGAAUUGGAUAUAAGGAAAAAGGCAAUAAUUAAAAGUGAAUAAGAGUUCGCUGUGAUAAGUAAAAAAUUGCUGGUGUAAAAAUGUGAAUGAGGAAUUUAAUUCGCAUGUAGAAAAUGUCAAAAGUACACUGUAAGUAUGUGUGUCUAACUCUAAUUAUAAAGCUAACUCGAAGUCGAUAAGCUGAGUACCAAGGAAGUGACAGCUAAGAGGCUUAUCAGUCAAUUUAUUGUCAAAUAGUGCGGAAACCCUGUGUUUCGACGAUAUUCGCUUUUAUUAACCGAUUUCGAGUGGCUUAUACUUGGAAAUAUCACUUGACAUAUGAGCAUAGAGAAUGUGAUAAAUGAAAACGAAAGCAAAAUGUGAAUUAAGCGUUAAUAACUGUAUAUGUGGAAAAGAGUUGUGAAAAUUGCAAAGGCAUUUGCAGUCAUAAUUCUAACUAUGAUACAAACAAACAUACAAAAAAGAUUCUAAGUAUCAGCAAAUCUAGUAAAAUGCUUCAUAACUAUAUAGGCUAUAGAUUUACGAGUCUGUGCAAUUAACAUUACACUCAUACAAUACUUACUUCCGCGCGACUGCAGCAGUCGAAGUACUCACAUUUCUCCGCACUCUCUUUCAAGAGAUCGCUCAACUCAUUCUCUAACCGAACUCAAAUUGCCGACGUCGUAGGCAAAAGAGAGCAAUCUGCGAAAAUUCAAAUAUCUAUUGUACUUAAUAUCGAGAAAGUAUAAAGUUAACUAUUUUAUAAAGUAGAAAAUGGUAUAAGGAUAUUACCUAAGUACUUGUUAACGAGAAUAAUGCUCCAUAUACAUGCAAUACAUACAAUACAAUAACAAAGAGAACACAAAUAAUAAUUUAAAAAAUAAAAGAGAAAACGAAAAC